CAAUGGCUGACACCAAUAAGGCUACUGUCGUCCUCGGCUCGCAGUGGGGCGACGAGGGCAAGGGCAAGCUCGCCGAUCUGCUUGCCGCCGACGUCGACAUUUGCGCCCGUUGCCAGGGUGGCAACAACGCCGGUCACACGAUCGUCGUGAACGACAUCAAGUACGCCUUCCACAUGCUGCCUUCCGGCCUGGUCAACCCGUCCUGCGUCUCGGUGGUUGGCUCUGGUGUGGUUCUGCACCUCCCGGGCUUCUUCAGCGAGCUUGAGGAGCUUGAGCAGAAGGGCCUGAACUGCGACGGCCGCCUGUUUGUCUCGGACCGCUGCCACCUCGUGUUUGACCUGCACCAGAUCGUCGACGGUCUCAAGGAGGUCGAGCUGGGCCGCGGCUCCAUCGGCACCACGCGCAAGGGUAUCGGACCGACCUACUCCACCAAGGCGUCGCGCUCGGGCAUCCGCGUCCACCACCUCUACCACUUUGACGAGUUCGAGAAGCGCUUCCGCUCGCUGGUGGCGAGCCGCCAUCGCCGGUACGGCGAUUUUGAGUACGACAUCGAGAAGGAGCUGCAGCGGUACAGGGAGCUGGCUGAGCGCCUGCGCCCGUACGUCAUUGACUCGGUCGAGUACCUGCACAACGAGCUCAAGGCCCAGAAGAAGGUGCUGAUUGAGGGCGCCAACGCGCUGAUGCUGGACAUUGACUUUGGCACAUACCCGUACGUCACCAGCUCGAGCACCUCCGUCGGCGGUGCGUCUACCGGCCUCGGCAUCCCGCCCUCGCGCAUCGGCAAGGUUAUUGGUGUGGCCAAGGCGUACACGACCCGUGUGGGCGGUGGUCCGUUCCCCAGCGAGCUGACCGACGAGGUCGGCCAGAAGCUGCGCGACGUGGGUGCCGAGUACGGUGUCACCACCGGCCGCCCGCGCCGCUGCGGCUGGCUGGAUCUGGUGGUCCUGCGGUACUCGAACAUGGUGAACGGGUACACGAGCCUGAACCUGACCAAGCUCGAUGUGCUGGACGUGUUUGAGGAGAUCAAGGUCGCUGUGUCGUACACCAUCAACGGCCGGAAUGUCACCUCGUUCCCGGCCGACCUCGACGACCUGGAGACCGCCACCGUCAACUACGUCACGCUGCCCGGAUGGAACCAGGAUAUCAGCAAGUGCCGCAAGUUCGAGGAGCUGCCCAAGAACUGCCAGGACUACGUGCGCUUCAUCGAGAAGGACCUGGGCGUGCCUGUCGAGUGGAUUGGUGUCGGUGCGAGCCGUGAUGCCAUGAUCAAGGUUGACCUCUAG